AUGCCUCCCCUCCCUACCUCCUCCAAUCCCCUCCCCCGUCUCAUAACCUACUACCAAACCCAUCAUGACUCCUCUGGAAACCUCAUCUCCCCCCUCCCCCUCAUCACGCAGCCAGGCAUCACCAUCACCCACGUCAUUGUCGCCGCCAUCCACAUAAACGACAAGCCCCAGGACAUCACCCUCAACAACCACCACCCGUCUCACCCCCGCUUCCAGACCAUGUGGGCCGAGCUCCGUGUCCUGCAGGCCUCGGGUGUGAAAGUCAUGGGCAUGCUGGGCGGCGCUGCCAAAGGGAGCUAUCAGCGCCUUGACGCCGACCAGGAGCAGUUUGACAGGUUCUACGGUCCUGUGAGGGACAUGAUCCGGGAGCGUGGACUAGACGGUCUUGAUCUGGAUGUGGAGGAGGAGAUGAGUCUAGGAGGCAUCGUUCGACUGAUAGAUCGCCUUCGAAGCGACUUUGGUCCCAGUUUCAUCAUCACUUUGGCACCCGUUGCCAUGUCUUUGCUCGACUUUACCAAGAACCUCAGUGGCUUUGACUACGAGGCUCUCGAAGUCAUGCGGGGUCGCGACAUUGCCUGGUACAACACACAAUUCUACUGCGGCUGGGGAGAUUGCAGUAACCCCCUCAUGUACGACCUCAUGAUCCAAAAGGGUUGGCCCCCGGAGAAGAUUGUCAUUGGACUCGUCACCAAUCCGGAGAAUGGCGGGGGUUAUGUGCCCAUGAACCCACUCAGCAUGGUCCUCACAACACUGAGAGGCCGUUAUGGUUCCUUUGGAGGUAUCAUGGGUUGGGAGUACUUCAACAGCUUGCCUGGAGGUACGGCACGGCCGUGGGAGUGGGCAAGGGACAUGACGAAACUUCUAAGAGGGCAAUUGUUUCCACAGUCGGCAGAAACAGCAGUGGUAACAGAUGGGUCGACACCUAAAGCUCACGCAACUGACGAAAUCGAUGCGGAUGCGCCAGGAGGGAAGGAUGUAAAGGUUCCGAAGCAGUUCGACUACUACUCGGAUGGCACAGAUGAUGAAUAG